CGAAGAGAGAAGAGGUGAGGGCGGUCGUCAGCGACGGGCCCUCGGCCCGCGGGGGAGGGGGGGACCGCAGGGCAGGGCCUGUGAAAAAUGGAACCAAACUCUGUGAGAACUAAAGUCCCAGCUUUCUUAUCUGACUUGGGGAAGGCCACAUUGAGGGGAAUCAGAAAGUGUCCCCGAUGUGGAACAUACAAUGGGACCCGAGGCCUGAGCUGUAAGAACAAGACAUGUGGAACUAUAUUUCGCUAUGGUGCACGAAAGCAGCCAAGUGUGGAAGCUGUCAAAAUCAUCACAGGCUCUGAUCUGCAGGUCUACUCUGUGCGGCAAAGGGACCGGGGCCCUGAUUACCGAUGUUUUGUGGAGCUAGGUGUUUCAGAGACAACAAUCCAAACAGUGGAUGGGACAAUCAUCACUCAGCUGAGCUCUGGACGGUGUUAUGUCCCCUCAUGUUUAAAAGCUGCCACUCAGGGUGUUGUGGAAAACCAGUGCCAGCACAUCAAGCUGGCAGUGAACUGCCAGGCAGAGGCCACCCCUCUGACCCUGAAGAGUUCAGUCCUCAACGCUAUGCAGGCCUCCCCAGAAACCAAACAGACCAUCUGGCAGUUGGCCACCGAACCCACAGGUCCCCUGGUACAGAGGAUUACUAAGAACAUCUUGGUAGUAAAAUGCAAGGCAAGCCAGAAGCAUAGCUUGGGAUAUUUGCAUACAUCUUUUGUGCAGAAAAUCAGUGCCAGAAGUUUGCCAGAGCGCCGCUUCUUCUGCUCUUGCCAGACUCUGAAAUCACACAAGUCAAGUGCCUCUAAGGAUGAGGCAGCCCAGAGAUGCAUUCAUUUCUUUGCCUGCAUCUGUGCCUUUGCCAGUGAUGAGACAUUGGCUCAGGAAUUCUCAGACUUCCUAAAUUUUGAUUCUAGUGGUCUUAAAGAGACUAUUGUGCCCCAAUUAGGUUGCCAUUCAGAAUCAACUGCAUCAGUAUGUGAGACUGCGGCCUCUAAGCCAAAGAAGAGGAAGAAGGAUGAAGUGACUGGUGCACAAAUGAAUAGGUCACUAAUUCCUCAAGAUGCAGUGAGCGGCAGUCUAAGGAAGAGUGGCCUAAAAAAGCCUGUUGUUGCUUCUUCAUUAAAAAGGCAGGUUUGUGGUCAGUUGUUGGAUGAGGCACAGGUAACCUUAUCCUUCCAAGACUGGUUGGCCAGUGUAACAGAACGUAUCCAUCAAACCAUGCACUAUCAGUUUGAUGGCAAACCAGAGCCACUGGUGUUCCACAUUCCUCAGUCCUUUUUUGAUGCCCUGCAACAGAGAAUAUCAAUAGGCAAUGCAAAAAAGCGGCUCCCCAAUUCCACCACAGCUUUUGUUCGGAAAGAUGCCUUGCCCCUGGGAACCUUUUCCAAGUAUACCUGGCACAUCACAAAUAUCCUGCAAGUUAAACAAAUCUUAGAUACUCCAGAGAUGCCCUUGGAAAUCACACGUAGCUUUAUUCAGAACCGAGACGGAACGUACGAGCUGUUUAGAUGCCCUAAAGUGGAAGUAGAAAGCAUAGCAGAAACCUACGGUCGCAUAGAAAAGCAACCGGUGCUUCGACCCUUGGAACUAAAAACUUUUCUCAAAGUGGGUAAUACUUCUCCAGAUCAAAAGGAGCCAACACCUUUCAUCAUUGAAUGGAUCCCAGAUAUUCUUCCCCAAUCCAAGAUUGGUGAGCUUCGGAUCAAGUUUGAGUAUGGUCAUCACCGGAAUGGGCAUGUGGCAGAUUAUCAGGACCAGAGACCCUCUCUGGAACACCCCUUGGAACUGGCCCCUCUGACCACUAUCACUUUCCCCUGAGGCAAAACAAACCUCCUGCUGCUGUAUUUGCACAUCCUCAUCCCUUAACCAUUUUAAAUACUCGUUAAGCACUUAGAUGGCCCUGUUCCUUAGUGAACUGCUCUUAGCUAAGAUCCACUUUCUCAGAGCAUUCAAGUGGGUUGUGUGGAAGAAAAACUUCUAAAUAGCCUUGGUGCUGCUGUUCACCAUCUUCAUGAUGAAUUGGAAAAUAUUUCUGGUUACU